AUCAGAUUCAAUAUACGCUCAUCGUUCAACGAGGACGAACGUUUGUAUAUCUGUAGGCCUUUCAUAUUAUUGGAACUAAUGUGUAUAUAGUGCACUGCGAGAACAAUUUGCACGUGAGACGUUGGCUUUCGUAGCCGAUUCUUAAUCCAGAACAGUUGCCUAAUUUAUUUUUUUCUUCAAUAAUUUCCAACACGAAAAUGAAAUCUACCCAAAGUGCUUGGGUUUUAUUAUUGAUCUGUUUGCUAGUGACGUUGUUGUGCCAAAUGUCCUCCUGUCAACACCACACUACCGGUAGAGAUCGUAAUGUAAAUAAUCCACGAUUACAAUGGAAAUCCGGCAAGCGAACACAACCAUCAACAGAAACACAGGAAGCAAUGAUUAACGUCCGGCGAGCAGAAAGCGCUCGAUUUCUAGCAAAAUUGUUAAAAGAAUAUGCCGAGAAAAUGAUGUACGAUAAUGAGGGAGAUUAUAUACAGACAAACAUCUCUGGCGACGUAACGAAUGACGAAUAUCAUUCAGGUGUUAAUCCACGGUGGUACGAAGGGUAACCGAGGUGUGGCGGGUGGUUAUAGGUGGCAGAUGGUAAAGACAAUUUCAACUUCGACCCUACUGGGCUUAGCACCUUGAAUACUCAAGGAUUCGAUUUGAUUGUCCACCACAUUCCGUUGACAUCAUUUACGUUGUUUUUUCUUGGAUUAAAAACAUUCUUUGGAAAACCAUUAUGUUUGUGUGAAACAAAAUGCAGUUGUUGUAAUGGCAGUGUGGCUGAAAGCUGAAGUGCCUUUAUUGCAUGAAGAAAAUGAGAAUAAUCUUACCAACACGUUUGUGGAUUUCUUGAUCUCGAUUGAUUGAUCAUCCGUGAUGUAUUUUUGGAAUUUAUUAAGGAAAUUUGUUUCGGUAUCACAAAUGGAUAUCUAUAUUUUAUCUAUCAAUUACCUGCCUAUUAUUUGUCCUGUAAUAUUUUUUUAUUCAACUUUUCUGAUAAUUGUUUGUAAAAGAUUCUACACACAUGUUGCGAUUUGCGGUAAUGCUAUAAUUAUUUAUUUAAGAAUGAACGUUUAAGAAGAGGACUCUAGAAGUGCGAAAACAAGGGUUUUGUUUGGAAUUUCAAUCCAAUCGGAAGCAACUAAUUGUUACACUUAUAUAAAUAUAUAUAUAAUACAUAUAAAGCCAAUAUAUAUGUAUAUAUAUAAUAUAAAUAUAUAUAUAUAUAUAUGUGUGUGUAUAUAUAUAGAUAUACAUAAUACAUGAAGAAGGCGUG